UUGCAAACAUUCUGUAUUUAUUUAAGGAAUGCGAAUCGGUUGAUUGCAGUUAUUCAACCGACUUAUGACAAACAACAAGCACUUGGAGUUAAGACACGUCCAUCCCAUUGUUGGAUUGACAGCAAAACAUUGGUGGUUGGAUUCUGGGAUGCGGUUGUCGUAUGCACAAUCACUGUUUCCUCUAUAUCAGAAGGAGUUUCAUCAGUGGAAGUGAAACAAGUUGAAGUUUUGUAUUCUUGGAAGGUUGAUAUGUAUAUAGCCGAUGUUUCGUUCACUCUUGGAGAUGAAAUAUGCGCUUGGAAGGAGAUUACUGUUUUUGGGAUGAAGAAAUCAGCAUUUCAUGAUGUUGCACAAAAUGAAUGUGAAAUGGUACUUGCGUUAUUGGAACCGGAAGAUAGCAACACUUUUAGUUUAACGACUGAGGAUAGGAUCGAGAUGAUUACGUGUGAUUUUGGCAAUUUAACUGCAUUUCACUUAUCUUCUCUUUUAUGUGAAGAUAUUUACUUUUUGCUUGGGUGUCAAGAGUUUAUUGAGGCGCAACCUUGCUCAGCUGACGAUAGAGUAAGAUGGUACUUGGAGAAUGGUCUUCUUCGUGAAGCAAUGCAAUUUGCGAAUGAACAUGAAGCUGAGUUACAGCAUUUAGAUCCAAUUGAUGUUGGAAAACGUUUUUUGUGCAGUCUGAUCAAACAGAAGCAAUUUGCCGAAGCAGCUGCAAAUCUUAAAGUGGUUUGUGGACGUCAGAAAGAUCUUUGGGAAUAUUACGUGUCUGAAUUUGAACAAAAUAACGUAGUUCUUCAACUUGCCAAAUAUCUACCUGUAAAAGAUCCUCAGCUGGAACCAGAAUGCUAUCAAUGUGUACUGACUGCUGCACUCCACAAUCACCCUGUUUUAUUCUAUAAUUUAAUCAAGGUUUGGAACCCGGAUUUAUUCCGAGUAGGUGCAAUAACAGAACUAGCACUAAAAUGGGUUGUGCAAGGAAAUGGAGCUCCAUUAUCAGAACAAGAUUCCGUUGCUAUCUAUCGGGCUCUUGCUCGUCUUUAUUUAUAUGAGCGGAAAUAUGACAAAGCAAUAUUGCUUCAUAUCAUGUUGAACGAUAAAGAUGUAUUCAAAGUAAUUCAACAGUAUCAGCUAUUUCAUCUCGUAAAAGAUGAUCUGACAAAACUUAUGAAUAUUGAUGCUAAUUUGACGGUGCAGUUACUAAUUGAAAAUGCUGAAAGUUUACCGACAAAAACAAUUCUUGCUCAACUUGUUAAGUAUCCGAAAGUUCAGAUUGCUGUUUUAAACAGUUUGUUUGAAAGGAACGAGGGAGAGGAAUUUGUUGAUUUAGCCAUACGAUUAUAUGCUGAUCAUGAACGAGAUCUGCUUUUACCCUUUCUUCGCAAAACUCACGUGUAUGACAUAGCAAAAGCUCUCGACAUCUGUGAAAAGAAACAAUAUGUUAAUGAGAUGGUGUAUUUACUUGGACGUAGUGGAAAUCGUAAGAAAGCAUUAGACUUGUUGGUCAAUAAACUUAAUCGAAUUGAUUGUGCAAUCGACUUUUGUCGUGAAAACGAUGAUUCUGAUUUAUGGGAUAAAUUAAUUGAAGCCGCUAUGAAGCGGCCAGAUCACAUCAGUCAGUUGUUGAAUACCGUUGGUCACUAUGUUAACCCUCUAACCAUAAUUGAAAAGAUACCUGAAGAAAUAAACAUCCCUGGUCUACGAAACUCUAUAGUAAAGAUUUUACAUGAUUACGAAUUACUUGUUCAAAUGCAAUACGAUUGCUUGCAAGUGCUGGAAGCUGAUAAUAGUCAGCUGUUUGCCAAAUAUUUAUCACGUCACAAGCGAGCAGUUUUUAUCAGUUCAGAUCAGCAUUGUGCCAUAUGCAGAACAUUUGUGUUACAACGAGAUAAACCCGCGGAUAGUGGUCCCGUGAACUAUGAUAUUAUUGUUUAUGGUUGUGGACAUUUAAUACAUGCUCGGUGCAUGUACAUUCCUCAUUUGGAUGAACGACCAAUCAUGGAGAGCGGUGCAUGUCCAGUAUGUCUUGGAUUGCAUAAAGGUGAAAAGUCAUGA